UCAUGAGAAAUUUUCUUUACAGAACAACUUUUUUUUCUUCUUUUUUUUUUAGUAUUCUUUUACGCUUUUUUUUCUUUUAAGAAUGUUUCCUUGGUAACGCAUGGGAUGAUUGGCUUUUAAAAAAGCAAACCCUGCACUCCUUGAAUGGGCAAGCAUUGGAUCAAUGUAUCCAAAAACCCCGCUCGAUGCAAAGUCACAAUUGUUGUGAUAGUUUUUUGUUUUCUCUAUUACGCGCUUCAAAACGCGCCUUUACUUUAUUUUAUUUUAUUUUUUGCAGACAGAUAUGAGUGCUAUGGACGUUGAUACACCUAUCCCUCGCCCAAAAGACAAGGGAAAAGGAAAAAUGGUUGACUUAACCCAAGAAUUGGAUAAUUUACCUUGGGUAGAGAAAUACAGACCUCAGACACUGGACGAAGUUGUAUCUCACAAGGAUAUUACCUCUACAAUCGAGACAUUUAUUGACGCUAAAAGACUUCCUCACUUGUUGUUUUAUGGACCACCAGGUACUGGUAAAACAACCACUAUUCUUGCCUGUGCUAGAAAACUGUAUGGUGAUCGAUUCAAAUCUAUGAUUCUUGAACUCAAUGCUUCUGAUGAUCGUGGUAUUGAUGUCGUAAGAGAACAAAUCAAAAACUUUGCCAGUACGCGCAACAUCUAUAGCUCUGGAUUCAAAUUGAUUGUGCUGGAUGAAGCUGAUGCCAUGACCAAUGCAGCACAAGCUGCUUUACGUCGUGUCAUUGAAAAAUACACACACAAUGUUCGGUUCUGUAUUAUCUGUAAUUAUGUCAGCAAAAUCAUUCCUGCUAUUCAGUCCCGUUGUACUCGUUUUCGAUUUGCUCCCUUAUCGCAAGAUCAAGUCAAGAUCAGAUUAAAGACAGUGGUUGAUCAUGAACGAGUGCAUUUGACAGAAGAUGGUGAAAAGGCUUUACUGCGUUUAUCUAGAGGUGAUAUGCGUCGUGCGCUUAAUAUUCUUCAAGCUUGUCAUGCUGCCUAUGAUCGUGUUGAUGAAGCUGCUAUUUAUAACUGUACAGGCAAUCCUCAACCACAAGAUAUUGAGCGUAUUUUCAAGUGGAUGAUGUCCGAAGAAUUCACAACAGCUUAUUCAAAUAUUGAGAAAUUAAGAAAAGAAUCAGGUUUAGCAUUACAAGAUAUCAUUACUGAAAUAUACAACUUUGCUCGAUUAGUAGAAUUCCCAGCCCAUACACGUAUACACAUCCUUCAAAGACUGGCAGACAUAGAAUACAGAUUAGGAGAAGGUGGAAACGAAAAGAUUCAAUUGAGUGCUCUUGUGGGUGCUUUCAAAUUAGCUCAAGAAAAUGUUGCUUAGAAAUGACAUUCAUGCGUCUGUUUCUUGUUCUUUCUCGAACGCGUGACUGGCGUUUUGCAUUUCAUUUCGCAGCAUGACAAAUAAAUUUUUUUUCUUUUUCUUUCCAU